UGAAGUUGUCAGAGAGGAAACUCCCACAGACUUCUCGACAGUGUUGAUGCUGACAAGAAGGAAGCAACAGAGACAGACGGACAGAGAGACAGACGGACAGACAAAGGAAAUCCAGUCUUCAUUAUGUGAGACUUCUGGAUCAUGUGAAUAAACACACCAGUUUUACUCAGAAGAAAAGGGGCUCCUGGCCCCGUCCAUCCCCAGGUAUGACGCCUCUUUUCUGGUUAAUGUUUUGGUCAGUGCUCCCUCCCUCGACUCUCCUCUGCUGUCCAGACUCCUGUAACGUCGACGACAGCAGCAGCUUACACAACAUGUCUCCGCCGCUGAAAUCAGUGCAGUGCCAUAAUGACUACAUGUCUUAUGUCCACUGCAAGUGGAGGGAACACAGAAACACAACACUGCAGCUCUGGUUCGAUGGUAACAAUGGUGACAACAGGGAGCAGUGUGUGCGUCACGGUCCUGAGGAGCUAGACACAAGUGAGCACAGGACUGUCCACUGUAGACAUAAAACAGAUGUCUUUGCCAGGACCAUCAACCACACUGUCUUCUUCCUCAAGAACGGGACACUGAGCCCCUGCUCAACUGUCCCACACAAGCCUCUGGAUCUGUCUCAGCACUUGAGAGCACGUCCACCACAGAAUUUGUCCACACAUGGUGCAGGUGAUGGAGGCAGACGGCUCAGGUGGUCCAGCCCCUACCCGUCCUCCUCCUCCCUGAGCAGGAACAUCACAUAUCAGCUCAGCUACAGGACGGACAGACAGGACAACUGGACGUCUGAGGACGUCACAAACACCAGUGUGAAACUAGAGAAGCGAUUGUUGCUCCCGGGCUGCAGGUAUGAAGCCAGGGUGAGGGCCCGGGCCAGCGUGGGUCAGUGGAGCAACUGGAGUCCUGUGGUGACCUGGCACACUGCAGCAGACACUGGGCAGAUUCCCAGUGUGCACUGUGUGCUGGAUGGAGAGAAGGAGGUGACGUGUAGCUGGGAGGUGAACAGAGAGGUGGCUCACUUCAUUACCUACCAGCUGGCCUGUCGACACAACCAGGCGGCCCCGUCUGAGAGAUGCUGUGUGAAUCCAGCAGUCAGCUCUGACCACAGCAGGGCGGCACUGAAGUACAGCUGCUCCAUGACUGUCGCAGACCCUGCACGGCUGCUUAUAGAGCUCCAACCAGCACACGCUGCCAAGACUUUUGUUGCCUUCCAACAUGUCCAUCCUAAACCACCGCAGCAGGUGAAGGUGAGGGAGGAACUGGAUCGUAACUGGAUCGUGGCAUGGACUGAACCAAGCAAAGCUUUAGAAUUAGGACUGCGUUAUCAAGUGUGCUAUUACAGGAUGCAGGAUCAGGGAUCUUCUGUCCUGCUGAACACGUCACAGGUGUUCGUGGGCAUCCUGGGAGCCUCUCUGGCCCCGUCCCAGCGCUACCAGGUCAUGGUCAGGUCGCUGGUUGGCCCCGACUGUGGAGGAAUCCCCUCUGAAUGGACCGAUCCUGUGGAAUGGACCUCACAUGAGGCCACCUGGUCCCUAUCAACCCUGAUCUAUUCCUCCAUCAGUGUGUUUGUAGCUGCAGUCUUCCUCACACUGUACUGCACCAUCCCAGCCUGUCAAAGGAGGGCAGUUCUGUGGGUGGACUCUGUUCCUUCUCCGGGCAAAAGCAAAAUCCUGUCUGAGAUCAAGUCUACCACCAGCAGGUGCCUCAUGCAGAGUGAGAGCACCACUAUCUGCAAAGUGCUGCGUAUGGACAGCGUGUCCACAUGCUCCUCUGAUGCUUUACUUUGGCCGACCAAGGACACUGAAAAGAAAUAUCUGGAGCAGGACGAAGGCUGCUGGACGUGUGAUAACCUGCUCUCCCCCGCUAAGAAGGUCAACGUCUCUGACACGUCCGCCUUGAGCUUCAGCGGGCCCUACAUCUUCUGUCAGUCACCAGAGCCGGGUCCCAAGUCAGUGGAUGUCAAGUGUGAAGAGAACGAGAGAGAAGAAGAACCACCGUCAGAUGACUGUGCUUCUCAUUCAUCUGAGAAAUUCACCCUUUUCGGAGACGGAUAUGUGUGUCUCCCUGGCCGCAGCGUCUCCAGGUCCACACAGGAUCUGACCUCUCACAGCGACAUCAACACAAACACAAACACACAAAGACACGACGACAUCGCUGAGCAGGACCAGCAGUGCCCAGAGAAGAUGGCCGUCCAGCCAGGGCUCAGUGAGCCCACAAGCAGCCACCAACUUCCAGCCAAUACCUCAGGACCUUUCACUGCCUGGCCUCAAGGGGGCGCCACGCAGGCCUCGGGGUACUGCCACCUCCCCCCAGCCUUCAUGGGAGCAGCAAAGUGACCUGCAGCAUGCAAAUACCAAGGGGGACCUAUAAGGCUUUUACAAUCUUUGAUUUCUUGUUUUUAUAUAAGCUUUCCACUUAUUUUAAGCUACUUAUACUUCCAUGUGGAAAAAAUGUUUAUUUAAAAAUGACAAAGAAACCAUCUGCUUGGUUUUAUCCAGUGGUGGAAAAAGUAUUCAGAUCCUUUACUUAAGUAAAAGUACUAAUACCACCCUGGUAAACUACUCCACUACAAGUAAAAGUCCUGCAUCCAAAUCUUACUGAAGUAAAAGUAGAAAAGUAUCAGCAUCAAAAUCUACUUAAAGUAUGAAAAGUAAAAGUACUCGGGUUAUGCAGAAUGGACCCACUAUGAUUGUUUUAUAUAUUCUAAAUAUAUUAUUACAUUAUUUGUAGUGAUGAUUUAAUGUAGGCAGUGUUUUAAUUUUAAAGAUAGGGCUCAUUUAAUUACUUAAUAUACUGUUAAAAGAUUUAAUUAAAAAAACGUCUAAUCACUUUACAUUGAUCAUAUAUAUUAUGUUAAAUCUCGACCUGAAAAGUAACUAAAGCUGGCAGCUAAAUCCUAGAGUAAAAAGUACAAUAUUUGCCUAAAACUGUAGUGGAGUAGAAGUAAAAAGUUACAUAAAAUGGAAAUACUCAAGUAAAGUAAAAGUACCUAAAAUUGUACUUAAGUACAGUACUUGAGUAAAUGUACUUAGUUACAUUCCACCACUGGUUUUAUCUGACCGGGUCAGGUAGAGGUCUGACCAAUAGAGGGCAGUAGUGAGCUGAGCCUAUGUGUCCAAUACAAGUAGAUCUAAGGGAUGGAUGUCAGAAUGGCAAACAGAACAAUUCUCUAUUUGAGCUUUUGUUUUUUUUUACACAUUCAGGUCAGAAUUAAGUAAAAAGAGCAGCUUGCAAUCUUAUAUAAUGCAAUUUAACAUCCCUGUGUGAGACUGUUGUCAAGUUCAGGUUCUUUUAUUUUGUGGUCAGAGAGCUUUUCAGAAAAUUAAUAAUUUCCUUCCUUGUAUAUUCAUCAAGGAUUUGCACAGAAUGUAAACGUCUAAGCACAGAUUUGUAAGAACUGUUGAAAUGCUGUGCUUUUUAUUACUUCCUUAAAUGUCCUGUUUCUCAGAAAGCAGAGUUAUGUAAACUGAAUUUCAUGGGAAAAGUGUGUAAGUUUGCUGACUUCCAUGUUCGCUGCGGUCAUGUAUGCACGUUUGCACAAAGGUGUGUGAGUUAGGACCUUGUUGUCAAUGUUGAAGCCUAUGUGUUGCUGAAUGUAUAUAUACAGUAUGUGUGGGACUGUCACUGUGUGCAAGUUUUUAGUUAAUAGUUUUUAGAAAAAUGACAAGGUACUGAAAAUAUGUGAAAUGUUAUUAAAUGAGACUUCCUGAAGUGUGUUACUUACAAUACAGGCUUAUAUUGAUGUCAUGUUAUGUUGAUAAUACAUUAAUUCAUGAAUGGCACAGUCAUAACCGUGAUUUUAAAGUUUUUAGGCCACCUGGCAAACUGUGUAACAUACAGUCUUACACACUUUCCAGUUUAUUAGGUACACCUAUACAUAGCAAAAGUGAAU